UCCUCCAGAUGUGAGCCGAUUAGCCAUUGGAGAAGCCAAGCCCACCUUUGCGUGCCAGGUGACCAUCCAGUCAGAGCAGGAGAAACAGAUGAUGAAGUUGUACCGCAGAGAGGAGAAGAGAGAGAGGAAGAGAGGAAAAGGAGGAGAAGAAUGCGAAUCCUCAGAUGCUGCCCUGACCUUUGACCCCCGAGAGAUGAGAACUCAGCGGGAGCAGGCGCUGCUGACUGCACGGCGGGAUCCUAUACUGAGCAGAGAGAGAGUGUACGAACGCAUCCGAUAUCCCAACGUCUAUGACUGCCAUGCAGAGGCCGCAAAGACGCCUGCGUUUGUUGGUGGAGCCAAG